AUGGCCUGCAGGAAAUUUGGCGUUACAACUCCAGACAUUAAGGCAAGGGAGAGAGAGAGAGGGAGUGAAAGAGAGAGCGGGGACACGGGGAAAAAUCGCCGCAUGAAAGAUAUUGGUUCAAGGAUAUCUCUUCAUUUUCAACAUAUUUUUCUACUGGGACUUUAUCAACAAGUUACUGCGCCUUUAUUGCAUGUUGCCUGAGUGAAGGACUAUGGCAGCUCGCCUGGCUUUAAACUUUAGAUUCAGGCUAGAGAUGGAGAUGGAAAUGAAUGCCUACUAGCUGGAACUGCCUGGGGAACUAUUACAUCAGACGAAAUGACAAUGAUUAAAAUCUGCUUUUUGCUGUUCUAAAUCUAUUGAGCGGCAGUUGCCUGUUAGGUUUCCUGCCCCCUCUAAAUCACAACUUCACACCGUUAAGGGGAACGGUCUACUUUAGCCGGGAAAAAAAUAGAUAAGUUAUUAUAUCUGUGCAGUCAUAAUUUCGCGAAUAGGGGGGUAUCACGUUUUCUUCCUUGAGAAAAUUGCCUGGGCGAGAGAGUGGAGUUGAGCUAAUUGUAGCCUAAUCCCUGGCCCAGAGGCGCUUGGGCUGCCCGGAGCAAGAAUUUUCUUUUUUAGCUCUGCUCUGUUAUUUAGAGACGGAUUAUUGGCUUUCUUCUUCUCAUAACAAACCACAGGGGCAGUUUCAUUUAGGCACAAAAAAGCAGACAAGAAGCCGAAAUACGAAGCAGGAUUCCAACAAGAGCGCACAUUUUUUACGCGUAUCCAAAUAAGAGCAGAGAAGGGGAAGGAGAUCAUCUCAUCUAUGUUCAAGGAGGGAAGAAGCAUGUCACGGCUGUCUCUGACCCGGUCCCCGGUCUCUCCUCUGGCCGCUCAGGGGAUCCCUCUGCCGGCUCAGCUGACCAAGGCGAACGCCCCGGUGCACAUCGAUGUCGGGGGACACAUGUACACCAGCAGCCUGGCGACCCUCACCAAAUACCCAGACUCAAGAAUCAGUCGUCUGUUCAAUGGCACCGAGCCCAUCGUGUUGGACAGCUUGAAGCAGCACUACUUCAUAGAUCGGGACGGCGAGAUAUUCCGCUACAUUCUCAGUUUCCUCAGGACCAGCAAAUUGCUCCUUCCAGAUGACUUCAAGGACUUCCACCUGCUGUAUGAGGAGGCGCGCUAUUACCAGCUGACGCCCAUGAUCAAGGAGCUGGAGCGUUGGAAGCAGGAGCGGGAGCAACGACGGAUGGCACAACCCUGCGACUGCCUGGUGGUUCGCGUCACACCCGACCUGGGAGAGAGGAUCGCCUUGAGCGGUGAAAAGGUCCUCAUCGAGGAGAUCUUCCCAGAGACCGGAGACGUUAUGUGUAACUCAGUCAAUGCCGGCUGGAACCAGGACCCAACACACGUCAUCCGCUUUCCCCUCAAUGGCUACUGCAGGCUCAACUCCGUCCAGGUUCUGGAGCGUCUUUUCCAGAAAGGUUUCAGCGUGGCGGCCUCAUGCGGAGGUGGCGUGGACUCAUCCCAGUUCAGUGAGUACGUGUUGUGUCGCGAGGACCGGCGGAGUCUUUCCAUCAACACGCCCAUCAGGAUAAAACAGGAACCCCUGGACUAGAGCAUUUUGGGAAGAGGGACAGCGAACCCCCUCAGUACUCCUGUCAUCUUCUCACACCACCCCACCCAGCCUACCCUUGCCCCCUCCCUGCCCCAACAGGACCACAACCACCCCCAACAUACCUAAGUAUUAGCAGAGGCUUGUUAACCUUGCCAGCUCUGCAGAACUCUAAGGGGAAUGUAGUACCAAACAAAGGAAAAAAAGCAUCAGCAGCAAAAGCUUUUGAUUAUGUUAAAUAACGCCCAAAGAAUCUGGGACUGUGAUGAAAACAACAAUGACGACGACAAAUAGACUCAACAGCAGCUCACUUGCACCAUUUUAGCACCGUGACUGGUUGAUUUCUCCCUCUUCUUCUUAUGAAAAAGGUGUACUGACCCUUUUGGAGUGGUACAACUGCCCCCUCCUAUAAUCCCAAUUCAUUCCACUCCCCAAAACACACACACAAACACACACCCUUCUAACCCUCUUUCAUUGGUGUAUCAUCCGGUUCUGUCUCUGUAUGAGGACCCAUGUCUGGCCUGCUGUGGGACAAGAAAACGUUGGCAGACAGGACGUUGUUAAGGAUGACAGGAAGAGGACAUAAUCCCAUCUCACGAGUCCCCAAAAAGGCCCCAGUCCUGGCGACCCUCCGACCCUCCAACCCCAUCCCACCUCACUCCACAGGGCCUUGCUACAGACAGCGGGGGCCCUCACUGAAAACAGCAUUGUUUGCCAAACUGAUUGUUUAUUACAAUUUUCAUUGUUGUUUCUAAAGUAUGUUCUUCUUGCUCCUUUUGCUGUUCUUAUCAUGACAUGGUGUAAACAAUUAUUAUUAAUAGGAUUAUUUUUAAUGUCUCUUUUUUCCUUUCUCCAAUAUGAAGGAUGUAUGAACGUUGUAUUCAUUAGGCUUUGAGAGCUUGUGAGGGAGCGUUUCUUGGCAGUAGCUGCAGAAACUCAGAUGUCUGCAGGCUAUGUGGCUAAAGCGAUCUGGCUGGCAAUGCAUUCAGAGCCGGAAAAAGUCCCAUUGUUCAAACGAGGAUGGAAGAGAACCUGGAUCUUUCAAAAUUGUUUAUAGUCAAAUGUGUAGCACACAUAAAAAAGUGCUCUGGAAUUUCUGCUUAUUAGCUCUAAAACAUAUCUCGGGUCUGUGAUCACAUUCUCUCUCCCGGGCACAAACCUUUGCUCCUUUUUAGCAGAAGUUUAAGAAAGUCCGACAAUUUUAAAUUCAGGUUUGACUUGCACAAGCUCCAAGUGUAUUGCAGUUUUGAUGAGCUAGAAUGUUAAGGACUUGAGGACCAAUGUGGACUUUACCAGUAUGUCUCAUGAUCAGCACGAGAUGUACUCUAAAUGCUUAAUGUUUCUUUGCACUUAAACAUCUCCUACAGAGCUGCCCUGCCUUGUUUCCACCAAACACUUGUUUGAACCCAGUGACCAGUGCCAAGUCAAGCUGUUUAUCUUAUCAGAACAUUAAAACAUUAAAAACAAGCAAAAGUUACAACAGAACCAAUACCGUAGCUACCAAAGGAGACAAGGUGCCUAUGUUGUUGAUUGUACAAACAAAAAGGCAUCAUCAUCGUCAUCAUUGCGUCUUUUUUAGCUAGACACUGUAAGUGUCUAGCUAAAAAAGACGCAAUGCAAAACUGUGUGAAGGGUACCAACAUUUGUUCCCCAGGCCUCCAGUCUUCACAGUUUUGUUAAGAAUAGCUCACAGUACCUUCAGACAAAGUUUGAGAGACAGUCUCUGUUUGUUUCAAUAUUGUCACUUCUAAGCCAAGAUUAUUUCGAUGGUUCUUCACAUGUAUGUAUGGCAGAACCCAAAGUGAACUGUACUCCCAGCAUCAGCGUCUUAUUCACAAAGAGGCGAGUGGGCGGCAUUUACUCUAUCCUGCUCUCAUUCUUUUGGUCUUAUUCUCAACAUUUCUGGAUCAAAGAUAGAAACAAGAAAGGCCAAGUUUUCAUGCUUUGUAUUUGUGUGUAACUUACAGAUGCUGUUUCUUCUAUUCUAAAAGACUGAUAAAAAAAAAGAAGUCCAUUCUGAUCUUUGUGAGCUCUGGCAUUUGUUUGAGUUAAACUGGGGUUGUUUUUGUAAACUGGUUGUUCAUUAAAAAUGGGUGGUAGUUCUUCUGACCAUGUUGUCCUAAUAUCUGCUCUCUCCGGAUGGCCGCUGAUUAAACAAGGCCAAUGAGUGGAUAAAGAUGAGCUCGGUGUAAGUGUAGCUCCCAGUCCAGCGCACUCCACCCCGGGGGUCUCUCUCACAAUCAAGCCCAUCUUUGUUCUGACCUGCCAGUGGCCUGCGCCUUUGCAUCCAGUCGCCUCAAAGGGAAUGGUCAACCAGGCCUUUCAUGUGCCAAGGCAUGUUGGGCUCUUCACAGCGCUCCUCACCCCCCUCCGCCUCCCCAAAGGCUCCCAGCUCAGUGGUGCCAAUAGAAACUCGGGUUGCACCCCCUGCUGCUGUGUCAUCCCCAUGCCCUGGUUUUUCAAAACCUCUCCUACACUGUGGCUUGCUGGACCACACUGCAACAAACCAAACUGAUGAGUCAAAUCUGAGCAUACUCAGAACUUACUGACUUGACUCUGCUGCUGAUUCCCAGAUCUUUGAUCCAGUUGUUACGAGGUGUGGAAACUCUUCUGGGUCAGUUCUUGAGGAAACAGGGGUAAAAAACAAUCAAUGUUGUACUAAAACCACACAUCUGCAAGAUUCACUUUUUUUUCAGGGAGGAAGGAAAGAAGGCAUAUUUUCUCACUGAUGUGGCAUUUGGAAAUCAUAGAAUGGGCUUUUAUCAGCUUUAAAGAGCUGAGGGGUCAUGCACAUUAGGAUAAAAACAUAAAUUGCUAUUCAAACCUGCACAUACAGUGAGACGAAGAAACAAAAAUUGCAGUUUGGGGUUUCUAUCUGCAAUAACUAAACCUGAGAUGCCCCUUUCGACUCAACAGGUUAACUCCAAAGCCAGACAAACUUGACAAGACUGAAAACUUCACAGAUAUGUUCACACAUGCAACUCUUUUAGAUGAAGUGCUGGUCAGUGUUUCAGCCAGUUCACAUGGCAUUCACGCCACCUCUGAGGCGGGUCAGUUGUACAGUUAUUGUAUAUUGAAUUAUCAGGACUCUGGGUUUUACGGGGACCCUCGUGUUUUUAUGAGACCUCUUAGUCCUCUUCACAAAAAAGAAUGAAAAGAAUUAAAAGCAUUACAUUAUGUACAUAUGGAUUAAAACAUUUCAAAGGGUAUAAUAAGGUGCAAAUGUAUAUUAUUUAAAGUGUUUAAAACAAUUAGACUGUGGUAUUAAAGGGCAUGUGUUCAUUUACAGUGUCUCCAUUUGACUUUUCUUGCAUAUUUGCGAUAAUAAAAAGAUGUACUGAUGUA